AUGGAGGAAGGAGCUCACAAGAGAGAACAAGUUAAUAAAGAACUCAUCAUGUAUUAUGCUAAUCGUAACCUCGUGUUCGAAGAAGAAAAAGAAAUGCGUCGUUGCUCUGAGAUCAAUCACAUGAAAAUGCUGCAGUACCGAGCACAAGGAAUGCAGGAUAGCAAGUCGAAGUCAAAGCGUUUCUUGUUUGGCAAACGUCCUCAGAAAAGAUCCACACAGCAAGGGCUGAUCAUGGCCUCGAUGGGAUCCCUUGGAGUCCAUGCUGUUGAAGCCGGUUUACGAGAACCGUCAGGAUCACUCACAGACGAAGGCCUUACGAUGAAGCAUACACAUGCGGACGAACAUGCUUUGUAUACUAUUCGUGAACGGGCUGAAUCCGGAGCAUCUAGAUAG